AAGACGCUCAUGUUAUACCAUACGAUAACUAGCCUGAAUAAAACACAAGUACAAUCUUAUGUGGGCAAAUAGAUAUGUACACUAGCAAUUUAUAGCACCCGACUAUUAGUAGCUGCAUCACAAUUGAAGCAAAAACAUUAUUUUCACAGAUUUACUUAGAUCCACAGACCAACGUUAAAAUGACAGCUAGCACGUUAAAAAAACACCUAAAACAGCAAUUACAAAAAAUGCGUACUAUCCGGAAGAUUAUUUCCCUAUUCUCCAUCUCUCUACAUAAUGUUUGAAAGAUUCUCACACACAUGCAAUUAGCAGAACAAAAACUUUUUUCGAAAUGAAAGUGAGGAACACUGUAUUCACACUCGAUUCAGUGACAAUGAGUAGCCAGAACGUCAAGGAAGAAGGAACAUAUUUAUCUCAUUUGACAUCAUUACACCUAAUGAUUCUAAUUGUUCAUUUGCGUGAAGCAACUUAACCUGUCGGACUGGUGCACCACACAGACAUGCCCUAUAAAGCUGAUGGAUAGCAACUGAAGCACACAUUUCUUAAAGUAUCCAAUAAAAUGGAUCCUUUCAUCAACAAGACCAAAGCCAGGGUGACACUGCUGAAGGCACUUCGAUUUGGCCUUCUGCUUCUUCUGGGUGCCUACAUCUUUUGCUGGAAUAAGGACUACAUAGAGUCACACCAAUUGUUUUUUAAAGAGUUAACUCAUAGAAAACAAACCGACAGUCAUGGCAGAGAAAAAAGGAAUGCCAUAGGAAACUCUUCUGCAGCAAAUUGCUCCACAGAAUCGGUGGACAUAUUCCUCUCAAUUAACAUUUCAAGGAUUAGACCAAUAGAGUUAGUUAAUCAACUGAGGGAGGCUUUGGAAAAUGUUCUCAUACCAUUCAAUAUCACAGAGGAUUUGAUGGUGGUGGAAAGUUUAAAUUUGACCACAGCCUGCUAUAAAAACUCUACUGGAGGAAAUCAGUGUCACUGUGAGGAUGAGUUAUUAUGGUCAGAAGACAUUUGUGACACUUUUGGUGCAUGCAAUGCUCAGACACAAACGUGCGACUGCGUUAACGGAAUUCCAUUUGGGCAGUUCUGUAAACCAAGGAUCACCACACCUCCAACACAGCAAAUUACAGCGACAGUGGACAUUGUCCUCAGGGUGAAGCCUCCACCAUUCGAUGACGAUCUACAGCCAUUAGAUAUCGUUGAUCUUUUAAGGGCUGCUGUUGAUGAUGUCUCGGUACCAUUUGAGAUAGCAGAUAAUUUAACACUAACAAGCUGGAAUUUGACCACAGCCUGCUAUCCAAACUCUACGGGAGGACGACACAAGUGUCAAUGUGAGGAUUUGUUUGGAUGGUCAUGUGACAUAUGUGACACUUUUGACACGUGCAGCAAUAUCAGCACACCAACGUGUGACUGCGUUUUUGGAAUUCCUUCAUUUGGGCAGUUCUGUGAACCAAUUUCAAUUCUUCCUCCGUGUCAACCACAAAUGAUAGAAGCGACAGUGGACAUUAUCCUCAGGGUGAAGCCUCCACCAUCCGACGAUGAUCUACAGCCAUUAGAUAUUGUUGAUCUUUUGAGGGCUGCUGUUGAUGAUGUCUCUGUACCAUUUGAGAUAGCAGAUGAUUUAACACUAACAAGCUGGAAUUUGACCACAGCCUGCUAUCCAAACUCUACGGGAGGACGACACAAGUGUCAGUGUGAGGAUAUGUUUCGAUGGUCAUGUGACAUCUGUGACACUUUUGAUACAUGCAGCAAUGACAGUACACUAACGUGUGACUGCAUUUUGGGAAUUCCUUCAUUUGGGCAGUUCUGUGAACCAAUUUCACUUCUUCCUCCGUGUCAACCACAAAUGAUAGAAGCGACAGUGGACAUUGUCCUCAGGGUGAAGCCUCCACCAUCCGACGAUGAUCUACAGCCAUUAGAUAUUGUUGAUCUUUUGAGGGCUGCUGUUGAUGAUGUCUCUGUACCAUUUGAGAUAGCAGAUGAUUUAACACUAACAAGCUGGAAUUUGACCACAGCCUGCUAUCCAAACUCUACGGGAGGACGACACAAGUGUCAGUGUGAGGAUAUGUUUCGAUGGUCAUGUGACAUCUGUGACACUUUUGAUACAUGCAGCAAUGACAGUACACUAACGUGUGACUGCAUUUUGGGAAUUCCUUCAUUUGGGCAGUUCUGUGAACCAAUUUCACUUCUUCCUCAGUGUCAACCACAAAUGAUAGAAGCGACAGUGGACAUUGUCCUCAGGGUGAACCCUCCACCAUCCGACGAUGAUCUACAGCCAUUAGAUAUCGUUGAUCUUUUGAGGGCUGCUGUGGAUAAUGUCUCUGUACCAUUUGAGAUCACAGAUGAUGUAACACUAAAAAAUUGGAAUUUGACCACAGCCUGCUAUCCAAACUCUGCGGGAGCACAAAAGUGUCAGUGUGAGGAUUUGUUUGGAUGGUCAUGUGACAUCUGUGACACUUUUGAUACAUGCAGCAAUACCAAUACACCAACAUGUGACUGCAUUUUUGGAAUUCCUUCAUUUGGGCAGUUCUGUGAACCAAUUUCAACUCUCUCUCCGUGUCAACCACAAAGAGAAGGAGCGAUAGUGGACAUUGUCCUUACGUUGAGCCCUCCACAAUUCGAUGAUGAUCUACAGCCAUUAGAUAUCAUUGCUCUUUUGAGGUCUGCUGUGGCGGAUGUCUCUGUACUAUUUGAGAUUUCAGAUAAUUUAAUACUGACAAGCUGGAAUUUGACCACAGCCUGCUAUCCAAACUCUACGGGAGGACGCGAGUGUCAGUGUGAAGACUUGUUUGGAUGGACAUGUGACAUCUGUGACACUUUUGACACAUGCAGCGAUACCAGUACACCAACCUGUGACUGCAUUUUUGGUAUUCCUCCAUCUGGGGACUACUGUGUACCGGUCUCAACUCUCUCUUCGUGUCUAGAAGGUAUUGAACUAUUGUAUAAUCUUUGUUGUAAAUUGACCUUGAAACUGGUAAUUGGCCCAACUUGUCACAUUAUGGGCAGGAAAGUUAUCUUGCUCUCACUUUCUCUCACUUUUCUUUCACCCCAACCUGGCUUUGAAUAGGGGUGUCCAUUAAAAAAAAAAAGUCUAUAGAUAUGCCCUCCUGAAAGUUGUUUUAUGAACAUGAGUUAGAUUUGUGAAAAAAAUAAUGUAACCGUUGACAAUUAUUGGUGAUUCAACUUUGCUCCUCAGUUACCUCUUUGGUCCAUCGACAAUUUUAUCUCACUUAAAUAACUGGACCAAUUUAUACUGACACACUGUAUUUUUCAGAGGUUGUUGUCAUUCAUCCUGAAUAUUGACUAUGAAUACGAAUUCAACAAUGAAUAUAAGAUUGGUCUCCUGACAUAUGAAGAUAUAA